ACAUCCAAUGAUUCUGCAAUCCAUCUUUUCAUAACUCUUUUCUUUUUCAGCUCACAAAGAAAGAGAGAGAGAGAGAGAGAGCCUCUGAUCCAACUUUUCUCCAUGGAAGACAAGCCAUCAUCAUCAUCAUUGGCAACAUCAAAGACUGCAGCUUUGGAUACCCCUCUUCAUGCAAUUGGAUUUGAGAUUGAAGAAUUAUCACCACAGAGAGUUACUGGUCGUCUCCCUAUUACCCUCAAGUGCUGCCAGCCAUUUAAGGUUCUUCAUGGAGGGGUAUCAGCAAUGAUAGCAGAGUCUCUUGCAAGCAUGGGAGCCCACAUGGCUUCUGGUUAUCAAAGAGUGGCUGGAAUUCAACUCAGCAUCAACCAUUUGAAACGAGCAGAGCUUGGUGACUUGGUCCAUGCUGAAGCUACCCCUUUAAAUGUUGGCAAAACCGUUCAGGUGUGGGAGGUAACAAUCUGGAAGAUUGAUCCUUCAAACUUACAGAACAGAUCGUUGGUAUCAUCAUCUAGGGUAACUCUAAUAUGCAACAUGCCUGUCCCAGAUCAUGCAAAAGAGGCUGGUCAAUUGCUGAAGAAGUAUGCAAAACUGUAACAUGUUGUUUGAUUUUAAAUGAAGUUCAAAAUAGCUUGGAUUGAAUCACAAUAAACCAAAAAUUCAGAUAUGUUUAAAUCAAGAUUCUAUCAUUUCAGUA